ACUGUAUAAUUCUGUGGCCUUGCAUUAAAUAAAGCGACGGCUAUUUAGAAAGCUAAGACAUAGCGGGUGGAUUAAAGCGCACGACAUCGGUGCUGUAAUCAAAUAUAAAAGUGGAGGAAUACGCCUCCAACAAGCCUUAGUGGUACUUGAAGAAAAAUGACUUAUUCUAUGACAAUGCCUUCCUUAUAAUUUUUCAGGACGUAACGUUAGCUAGCUAGUGAUCCAGUGGGAGAGAAAUAGCCGAGCAGUUAAUAUAGAUCGAUUUCUCAAAUCGUCGUUGGAAUUAACGUUUUCUUUUUGUAGUUUUCUAAUCCUAUUCGUGUUGAUAUUGUGUUAUUUACUUAACGUUUCUGAAUUAGUUGUUAGUCAACGGAAUACCGGGAUAUUUAUUGUACUGGGAUGGACAAUGCCCAUACUAAGACAGUCGAGGAGGUGUUGGGGUAUUUCUGUGUGAAUGAGUCGACAGGCCUGAGCUGCGAACAGCUGAGGAAAAGCAAGGAGAGAUGGGGCCCAAACGAGUUACCGGCAGAAGAAGGGAAGUCGCUAUGGGAACUGAUCCUGGAACAGUUUGAGGAUCUCUUGGUUCGAAUUCUUCUGCUGGCUGCCUGCAUCUCCUUCACUCUUGCCUGGUUCGAGGAAGGGGAGGGGACCAUCACAGCCUUUGUGGAACCCUUCGUCAUCCUCCUCAUCCUCAUCGCCAACGCUAUCGUUGGGGUGUGGCAGGAGCGUAAUGCUGAGAAUGCAAUAGAGGCGCUGAAGGAGUAUGAGCCUGAGAUGGGGAAGGUGUACCGACAGGACAGGAAGAGUGUCCAGAGGGUCCGGGCUAAGGACCUCGUACCUGGGGACAUAGUGGAGGUGGCAGUGGGUGAUAAAGUCCCAGCAGACAUCCGGUUGACCUCCAUCCGCUCCACCACGCUGCGAGUGGACCAGUCUAUCCUGACGGGGGAGUCUGUGUCUGUGAUCAAACACACAGACCCAGUGCCUGACCCGCGAGCCGUCAACCAGGACAAGAAAAACAUGCUGUUUUCUGGCACCAACAUUGCGGCAGGCAGGGCUAUAGGUGUGGUGGUAGCUACUGGGGUGCAGACUGAGAUCGGGAAGAUUCGUGAUGAGAUGGCUGCUACAGACCCAGAGAGGACACCGCUGCAGCAGAAACUGGACCAGUUUGGGGAACAGCUGUCCAAGGUGAUCACAGUGAUCUGCGUGGCAGUGUGGGGUAUCAACGUAGGCCAUUUCAAUGACCCGGUCCAUGGUGGCAGCUGGCUCAGAGGGGCUGUCUACUACUUCAAGAUCGCUGUGGCACUGGCUGUAGCUGCCAUCCCUGAGGGCCUACCCGCUGUGAUCACCACCUGCCUAGCUCUGGGGACCAGACGCAUGGCCCGGAAGAACGCCAUCGUCCGCAGUCUGCCUUCUGUGGAGACCUUGGGCUGCACCUCCGUCAUCUGCUCCGAUAAGACUGGCACCCUCACCACCAACCAGAUGUCUGUCCACCGGAUAUUUGUUGUGGACAGUGUGUCAGGGGAGCGAUGCGCCCUGAGUGAGUUUUCGGUGACCGGAUCUACUUACGCCCCGGAAGGGGAAGUGUAUAAGGAUGAGACGGUGGUGAAGUGUAGUCAGUAUGAGGGCCUGGUGGAGAUGGCCUCUAUCUGUGCUCUGUGUAACGACUCCUCUCUGGACUACAACGAGUCUAAGGGUGUGUAUGAGAAGGUAGGCGAGGCCACGGAGACGGCCCUGUGCUGUCUGGUGGAGAAGAUGAACGUGUUCGACACAGACCUCAGAGGACUGUCUGCCGUCGAGAGAGCUACUGCCUGCUGCUCGGUGAUUAAACAGUUGAUGAGGAAGGAGUUGACGUUGGAGUUCUCCCGUGACAGGAAGUCCAUGUCAGUGUUCUGUUCUCCCAACAAACUCAGCCGCUCUGCCUCCGGGGCCAAGAUGUUUGUCAAGGGAGCUCCGGAGAGCGUGCUGGAGCGCUGCCGUUGGAUUCGGGUGAACGGGGGCGCGCGGGUGCCCAUGACGCCGGCGGGGCGGGAGCAGCUCCAGGGGACCGUCAGGGAGUGGGCCACGGGGCGGGACACCCUCCGAUGCCUCGCCAUGGCGACCCGGGACUCGCCUCCCGAGAUACGCUCUCUCAACCUGGAGAACUCGGCCACCUUCGCUGAUUACGAGUCGGACCUGACCUUCGUGGGCUGCGUGGGGAUGCUGGACCCCCCCAGGAAGGAAGUGCUUGGUGCGGUCCGUAUGUGUCGGCAGGCUGGCAUCCGCGUCAUCAUGAUCACAGGUGACAACAAGGGCACGGCCAUGUCCAUCUGUCGUCGCGUGGGCAUCAUCACGGAGGAGGAGGAGGAGGCGGGCAGGGACGACCCGUUCUCAGGGGGCCUGACGGGGAGGGAGUUUGACGAGCUGCCCCCCCACCUCCAGAGGCAGGCCUGUCGUACCGGACGCUGCUUCGCCCGUGUGGAACCCACACACAAGAGCCGCAUCGUGGAGUACCUACAGAGCCUCGAUGACAUCACAGCCAUGACUGGUGAUGGAGUGAAUGAUGCGCCAGCCCUGAAGAAGGCAGAGAUCGGGAUCGCCAUGGGUUCAGGCACGGCUGUUGCCAAGUCCGCCUCAGAGAUGAUCUUAGCUGAUGAUAACUUCUCUACCAUCGUAGCGGCUGUAGAAGAGGGCAGAGCCAUCUACAACAACAUGAAGCAGUUCAUACGAUACCUCAUCUCUUCCAACAUAGGAGAGGUUGUCUGUAUUUUCAUGACGGCUGCUCUGGGCAUGCCCGAGGCCCUGAUCCCGGUCCAGUUGCUGUGGGUCAACCUGGUGACAGACGGCUUCCCGGCCACUGCCCUGGGCUUCAACCCCCCCGACCUAGACAUCAUGUCCCGCCCCCCACGCUCCCCCAAGGAGCCUCUCAUCUCCAGAUGGCUCUUCUGCAGAUACCUCAUCGUCGGAUGCUACGUCGGAGCAGCUACAGUAGGAGCUGCAGCCUGGUGGUUCAUGGCAGCACACGAUGGACCCAAACUCUCCUUCUACCAACUGUCUCACUAUCUCCAGUGCGGUGAAGGCCACGGGGAGUUUGCGGGGGUUCAGUGCUCGGUGUUUGAGUCGCCCUACCCCAUGACCAUGGCCCUGUCUGUGCUCGUUACCAUAGAGAUGUGCAACGCCCUCAACAGUCUGUCAGAAAACCAGUCCCUGCUGAAGAUGCCUCCUUGGUCCAACCCCUGGCUGGUGGGAGCUAUCUGUCUCUCCAUGGCGCUCCACUUCCUCAUCCUCUACGUUGACCCCCUGCCUGUGGUGUUCCAGAUCCGCCCUCUGUCGUGGCCACAGUGGGUUGUGGUCCUCAAGAUGUCGCUUCCAGUCAUCUUCAUGGACGAGGCCCUCAAGUUCCUGGCCCGGAACUGGAUCGAGCCGGGUACCGACGUGGAGCGCCAGGAGGAGGAGCGGGAGCGCCGGCGGAGGGGUCAAGGGUCAGGGGGCAUGACUGCUGCUGUGAGCAGGGUGUUCAAGGGCGUGUCCUGGUCAUUCGUUUUAAUGUCGUUCCCCCUAUUGGUCUGGAUCUACAGCCUGGACUCUGAUAUUACUAACAUGUUCUAUGAGUGAAGGGAAGGGGGGGGGGGGUUUAUGAAUGAAAGCGAAGGAACUAUAGCAUAAAUAGGGGAGCAAGUUGAGGAGAAAUGGAGGUGAAGAUGGAGUGCAGGGAGAGAAUUAAAAAAAUACAUUUUUAGUGGGAUAAAGCCAGGGAUGGAAGGAUGAAAGGUGAACAAUCUGAGACGGUGAGAGAAAGAGAGGGAUAGUGAAGAGGAGAGCACUGAUACAUCCUAGCUCAGCACUCUUGACUUUUUGAAUAUGGGCCCUGACCGUAAGUGAGGGAUUUUCCAAAACUCAAGGUCCUAUUCAAUCAUGCCUGGUUUAGCAAGUUACCUGAAUAAGUCUUGAAAGUACCACUCCUCUUGUGCAGAAAGAAUGCACGUUUAGGUUCACAUAGCCCCUUGACGACAAUUUUUUACAAUGUGAGACAAACCAGAAAGAAACGCAACUUUGUAGUUGAUUCAAACAAACUUUCUGGCUGCUCAGAAUGAGUUUUUUUUUUUUUUAUCUUGAAAGGGAAAGUACUGUCUAGAUGAUUUAUAACAGAGUACUUUAUACAUUUCAUUCCAAUUUCUCUACCUGUAAGGUGACAGGUGGGAAAGUGAGGGAGAAAGAAGCUUCUUCAGUCCAGUCUAGGGAAUGGAGGGAUGACUGGAUGAAGAGAGAGAAAGGCAGAGAUAAAGAAUCUUCUAGCAUCAGUCACUGGCCACACCGACACUCCAGCCAGCUUCAGAAAUCAAUCAAUUAAUAUUUGAUUUAAUUUAGAUGUCAUCAAACUGUCUAGGGAAGAGUACUGCAGAAUACUUCUUUAAUGUGUAUUUCUUAGGGUUAUGCGCUGGCAGAGCUGAAUUUUGAAAAAUAAGUUUGUACGUUUGUUUUCACUGCAUUAUUCAUAUUUAUUAAUACAUCACGACACUGAAUUAUGUCUUUUUUCUUUCUGUUGGAUAUUUUUCUAUGCCUAACUUCUUUGCUACAGAAUGGAUGUUGUCUCCAUGUUCUGAUGAAGGUUGGCUACUCUUUAUGACAUCAUACCCCUUGUCAUCAUGCAUGUUUGAGAUUGACUACUGGUGCAUUGCAGUUGGACUGUUCAGAAUCACUGAUCUCCAAAUUACCUGGCUUUCUAAAUAACUACUCAUUAUGUGAUCAAGAUUAGCGAUUAUGCGCUGUGCCUUGCUCAAACUCAUCCUCCUCCAACACGCUGACUGUUGAUCUAAACUAAAACUGUCCAGGUUAGGUGCAGGCUUGUCAUCUUUUUGUGUGACCAGAUUCAUUCUGAUGUCCUACACAUGAUUUCAGUUUGGACUUGCAUCCUUAAAGUUACGACGUCACAAUCCUCAUGUAGGCCUAGAAGCAGUAGACUUGUCUCUCUCUGUGUAAUCGUGACGACUCAUUGUUGUCAGGCUGAGGAAUUGCAUCAUUUUAGCUAGGCUACUCUACCGUUCUACUAGUUGGCAGUGGGUUUUGAUAGUCUAACAGCCACUGUGACAUCACACCAUGAACUAAAGGUACAAAGUUGUGUAGUCUGCUCAUGUGGACACCAAUACCACUUCCCCUGUAGUAGUGGGUUUGUUAGGGUUGGGAACACUAAUUAUUUGUCUUUUAUUUACAACAGACCAUAUUUGCUAACUUUCUAACCCCCCCCCCCACACACAUGCAACAUUGUUUUUUGUUAUUAUUAUGAUUGAUAGAACUAUUAUGGUAAUUCUGAUUUAAUUAAUUGUCCUUGUGGUGUUUGUAGUGCCCCUACUGUGCCUGUAAAGAAUUAGAGGGUGUCAUUUUAUUUUCUGAAUGUAGUAAAGGGUGGGGGGGAAGGUUGGGAGUCAUUAAAAUCAUUAAUAGAUGUUAGGGGAGUGGAAAAGGGGGGGAUUAGGGAAGAGAAGAGUCUGACUGGGUGGCUUUACAAAAGAGAGGGAUGAGGGAGAGAUGCUGAGAGGUCUUUUCUUUCCAUCUCUCUGUUUCUUUACUGGCGCUCUGACAGAGUGCUCUCUGUCUUCAUCUGAAACCAGUAAGCAAAAUAAUUUGACAAUUUAAUGACUUCAAAGAAAUGAACAUUCAGUGGAGUUAUUUGAACAACAAAAAAUAUUUUUUUUUGAGGCUAAAUUAAGGUGGGAAUGUAUUUAGUUUAUUGUAAAUCGUACCAUUUGCCGUCUGUCACACUACUGCUAUUUCAUUUAUGGAAGAUGGGAAAUGCUCUAUGGGAUGAAAACAACAAUAAAAUUGUUAAUUUAAA